AUGCCCGUCGCCGUACCGAAACAGAAUAAUCCCAGCGGCAUCAAGGCGUACUAUCAGGCCAAGAUCGAGGCGGCCGAAUUAUUGAUCAACCAGAAGACGCAGAACUUGAGGCGGUUGGAGGCACAACGAAAUGCGCUGAACGCACGAGUACGGCUGCUCCGGGAGGAAUUGCAACUACUACACGAACCUGGAAGUUAUGUCGGAGAGGUUGUGAAGAUCAUGGGGAAGAACAAGGUGUUGGUGAAGGUGCAGCCGGAAGGCAAAUACAUUGUCGACGUGGACGAGAAGAUCCCAUUAUCCUCCCUCAAACCUUCGCUUCGUAUCGCCCUUCGAUCCGACUCGUACACGAUCCACCGGGUAUUGCCGAACAAAGUCGACCCGCUCGUGUCGCUAAUGAUGGUGGAGAAAGUGCCGGACAGCACGUACGAGAUGGUCGGUGGUCUGGAGAAGCAGAUCAAGGAGAUUAAGGAGGUAAUCGAGUUGCCGGUCAAGCAUCCUGAACUCUUCGAGUCGCUCGGCAUCGCCCAGCCGAAGGGUGUCUUGCUAUACGGUCCUCCUGGUACUGGAAAGACCUUGCUCGCACGUGCCGUCGCACAUCACACGGACUGCAAGUUCAUCCGUGUAUCUGGUUCGGAGUUGGUGCAAAAGUACAUUGGCGAGGGUUCGCGUAUGGUUCGCGAGUUGUUCGUCAUGGCUCGCGAGCAUGCGCCGUCAAUCAUUUUCAUGGACGAGAUUGAUUCUAUCGGAAGCUCGCGUGGAGAGGGUGGCUCUGGUGGUGGCGAUUCGGAAGUGCAGCGCACGAUGUUGGAGUUACUGAACCAGCUUGACGGCUUCGAGCCGUCGAAGAAUAUCAAGGUCAUCAUGGCCACUAACCGAAUCGAUAUUCUCGACUCUGCCCUGCUUCGGCCCGGACGUAUCGACCGUAAGAUCGAGUUCCCACCUCCCGGUCCCGAGGCACGAGUGGCAAUUCUGCGCAUCCACUCCCGCAAGAUGUCCCUCCAGCGUGGCAUCAACCUUCGCGCCCUCGCCGAGAAGAUGGGGCAGUGCUCGGGCGCUGAAGUGCGCGGCAUUUGCACAGAAGCCGGCAUGUACGCACUGCGUGAACGCAGGCAACACGUCACGCAAGAAGACUUUGAGUUUGCUGUCGCGAAGGUUCUGAAGAAGAACACGGAGGGCAACACCUCGGUAAACAAGCUCUUCUCUUGA